UGGGUUCAUUGUAUCUUCACGGCAAAAGCCAUCACAUUUUAUAGCACACCUACACAACAUGUUUAAACUUAUUUUUGCAGCAGUUUUAAUUUCUUUGGCAGCAGCUGCCAAAAAUGAAGAUACCAUAACGAAAUUUGCCAGCCAGGUGAACUCAGAUGGCACCUAUGGCUUCGACAUUGAACAGUCGAGUGGCUUGGAGUUCAAAGAAACGGGCUUUGGUGGCCAUUAUGCCAAAGGUGCAUAUCAGUAUGUUUCACCUGAGGGCCAAAAAAUCUCCCUAGUUUAUACAGCUGAUGAGAACGGUUUCCAUCCUCAAUCCGAGUCGAUUCCCACACCACCACCAAUUCCAGCUUAUAUUCUUAAGGCCUUGGAAUAUAUUCGCGAACAUCCUACGGCCGAGGAAUUGGCUGAUCGUGAAGUACGAGCUAAACAAAUUUAGGUUGUUUUUUGUACUUUGUUAGUUUAAGAGUUUGUUAAGUUUGUAUUUUUUAUUUAUUUAUGAAUAAAAUUAAUAAUUAUUUUGUA